UAAGUGGCCGCGGCGGCGUCUAUCACGGUCCCGGGCGCUGUACUGAGCGCCCCGCUUGGAUGCGCGGCCGGGGGACUGGCCGCCAUGGACCCGGAGAGCCCCGACAGCCUGUCGGUCCUGUACCAGAGCGCCGAUUUCGUGGUGGUGAACAAGCGGUGGGACCUCCGCCUGGACAGCAAGCUGUGGCCCCGGCCCCUCACCCUGCAGGCCCAGCUGAACCGGCGCUUCCCCGACCUGGCCGACCCCGGCACCUGCCAUGGCUUCAGAUUUUGCCACCAGCUGGACUUCUCCACCAGCGGGGCCCUGUGCGUGGCCCUCAACAGGGCCGCCGCCGGCAGAGCCUACCGGUGCUUCAAGGAGCGGACCGUCACCAAGGCCUACGUCGCCCUGGUAAGGGGGUCCGGCCCGUCGCGGCGCCCCGGGGCACCGGGCCCCGUUUCCAACCAUCCGGGGGGACGCCUCUCCCGUCCGGGCACCUCGUUCAUCCAAGAAGCCGGCCCCCCGGUCCGGCCCCGCGUCGGUUCGCCCAUCCGGAGGGGGUGGGCCCCGGCCGGCGAGGGUACGGCGCGGGCGUCUGGUUCCCUUCCCGCUCCCGGGCCCCUCCUGAGCCGGACGGGGACCAGCUGGCCGCAGGACGGGGCCGAGGUGCCAGGCCGGGCUCCGCCUCGCCGCAGGUCCGAGGCCACGUGGGCGAGGACAGGAUGACCAUCAGCCACGCCAUCGGCAAGAACACCGCCGAGGGGCUGACCCACACCAUGUGCAUCCAGGGCACGGAGGGGUGUGAAAACGCCAAGCCUUGCCGGACGGAGCUGUGGGUCCUGGAGCACGGCACCUACGGCGGCGAGCCUGUCACCAAGGUGCUGCUGCAGCCGCUCACCGGCCGGACGCACCAGCUCCGGGUCCACUGCAGCGCCAGCGGCCACCCCAUCGUGGGCGACUUGACCUACGGCCUCGGGCGGGACGGCGUCCCCUUCCGCAUGAUGCUGCACGCCCUCCACCUGCGCAUCCCGACCGGGCCCGAACUCGUGGAGGCCACCGCCCCGGACCCCUUCCUCCCGUCCCUGGACUCCCGCUGGGUCUCCCUGCGCGCCGUCCGGCCCCUCGGCGCCGUGCUGCGGACCCUGCGGGCCGCCGGGGACGGGGCCCCGGCGGCGGGCCGGAGCGGGACCUCGGGGCGGCCGGUUGGCGUCACGGACGGGGCCGAGCGCCAGUGCCGGGCCUGGCUGCGGGAGUGGGCGGCGGCGUUGGAGCCGGACGGCUGAGCUCCCCGGCCGGUGGUGGUCUCCGGCCCGUCCCGGCGCGGCUCGGUGGGAAGGGCGCGGGGUCCGAUCCCGGCCCCGCCGACCGCCGGCUGGGUGACUUCACGCCUCCGGACCUCGGUCCCCUCGCCCGGCAACUGGGGAUGAAGAGCGUGAGGCCCCCCCGGGGGACAACCUCAUCACCGGGUCGCCCCCGCGGCGCUCUGCCCGGAGCGAGCGCUUAAUCGAGGCCGCCGUCGUCGUCGUGACUCGGUGGGCCGGACCCGGCUCGGAGCCCCGGGACGCUCCCCCGCCUCCUGCCUUCGGCGCCCGGGAAUUCCGACGGCCCCGACCCCCGGCUCCGUGUUUGGUCUUUUAGACUGUGAGCCCGCUGUUGGGUAGGGACCGUCUCUAUAUGUUGCCAAUUUGUACUUCCC